CGCGGCCCCCGCGGCGGAAGCAUGGCGGCCGUGGCGGGGCCGGUAACGGAGAAAGUUUCUCCCGAGCCCGGCGUGUACUAGUGCGUGCAGCCUCGGGCCCUCCUCUCCCCUGGCCUGCCGUCUCCCGGUCCCGAAUCGCAUCCUCCACCUCCUCCGACCCCGAGGGCUGGGAGCGCGCUGGCGGCGGCGGCGGCGGCCGAGUCAGAUCAUUAGAAACAAGUUUCCACAUGAGAAAAUGUUGAAAUAAGAGUGACGGGACACAUCGGAGUUGCCGGAUGAAAUAUAGACUGUUAAUUUUUGUGACGUGGGGAAGAAACCAGGGUACAUGUGUAAAUCACUGCGUUACUGCUUUAGUCAUUGUCUGUAUUUAGCAAUGACAAGACUGGAGGAAGUCAACAGAGAAGUGAACAUGCAUUCUUCAGUGCGGUACCUUGGCUAUUUAGCCAGGAUCAAUUUACUAGUUGCUAUAUGCUUAGGUCUUUAUGUAAGAUGGGAAAAAACAGCCAAUUCUUUAAUUUUGGUCAUUUUUAUUCUCGGUCUUUUUGUUCUUGGAAUUGCCAGCAUACUCUAUUAUUAUUUUUCAAUGGAAGCAGCAAGUUUAAGUCUCUCCAAUCUUUGGUUUGGAUUCUUGCUUGGCCUCCUCUGUUUUCUCGAUAAUUCGUCUUUUAAAAAUGAUGUGAAGGAAGAGUCAACUGAAUAUUUACUCCUAGCUUCCAUCGUAUUAAGGAUAUUAUGUGCUCUGGUGGAGAGAAUUUCUGGUUACGUCCGUCACCGACCCACUUUACUAACCUCAGUCGAAUUUCUGGAACUUGUUGGAUUUGCCAUCGCUAGCACAACCAUGCUGGUAGAGAAGUCUCUGGGUGUCAUUUUACUCGUCGUAGCUCUGGCCAUGCUCAUUAUUGAUCUGAGAAUGAAGUCUUUUCUAGCUAUUCCAAACUUAGUGAUUUUCACAGCUUUGCUGUUUUUCUCCUCGUUGGAAACUCCCCAAAAUCCAGUUGCUUUUGCGUGUUUUUUUAUCUGCCUGAUAACCGACCCUUUCCUUGACAUUUACUUCAGUGGACUUUCAGUAACUGAACGAUGGAAACCCUUUUUGCACCGUGGAAGAAUCUGCAGGAGACUUUCAGUGGUUUUUACUGGAAUGAUUGAGCUGAUGUUUUUUAUUCUUUCAGCAUUUAAACUUAGAGACACUCAUCUCUGGUAUUUUGUAAUACCAGGCUUUUCCAUUUUUGGGAUUUUCUGGAUGAUCUGUCAUAUUAUUUUUCUUUUAACUCUUUGGGGAUUUCAUACCAAACUGAAUGACUGUCAUAAGGUCUAUUUUACCCACAGGACAGAUAACAAUAGUCUCGACAGAAUCAUGGCCUCCAAAGGGAUGCGUCACUUUUGCUUAAUUUCAGAACGGCUGGUUUUUUUCAGUCUUCUUGCAACAGCAAUUUUGGGAGCCGUGUCCUGGCAGCAAACAAAUGGCAUCUUCUUGAGCAUGUUUUUAAUUGUUCUGCCGUUGGAAUCUAUGGCCCAUGGGCUCUUCCAUGAACUGGGCAACUGUUUGGGAGGAACGUCUGUUGGAUACGCCAUUGUGAUUCCCACCAACUUCUGCAGCCCUGACGGUCAGCCAACACUGCUCCCACCAGAACACGUGCAGGAGUUAAAUCUGAGAUCUACUGGCAUGCUCAACGCCAUCCAAAGGUUUUUUGCGUAUCAUAUGAUUGAGACAUAUGGAUGUGACUAUUCCACAAGUGGACUGUCUUUUGAUACUCUGCAUUCCAAACUGAAAUCUUUCCUGGAACUACGAACUGUAGAUGGACCUAGACAUGACACAUACGUUUUGUAUUACAGUGGGCACACCCAUGGAUCAGGAGAGUGGGCCCUAGCAGGUGGAGACAUCCUACGGCUCGAGACACUUUUAGAGUGGUGGAGAGAAAAGAAUGGUUCCUUCUGUUCUCGGCUGAUUAUCGUCUUGGACUGUGAGAAUUCAGCUCCUUGGGUGAAAGAAGUGAGAAAAAUCAAUGACCUGUAUAUUGCUGUGCAAGGAGCAGAGAUGACAAAGACCAUUGAUAUUGAAGAAGCUGACCCGCCACAACUGGGUGACUUUACAAAAGACUGGGUGGAAUACAACUGCAACUCUGGUCAUAACGUCUGCUGGACAGAAAAGGGCCGCACCGUGAGGGCAGUUUAUGGUGUGUCCAAACGCUGGAGUGACUACACUCUGCACUUGCCAACAGGAAGUGACGUGGCCAAGCACUGGAUGCUUCACUUUCCUCGCAUUACAUAUCCACUUGUGCAUCUGGCCAAUUGGUUAUGUGGUCUGAACCUCUUUUGGAUCUGCAAAACUUGUUUUAGGUGCUUGAAAAGAUUAAAAAUGAGUUGGUUUCUUCCUACUGUGCUGGACACGGGACAAGGCUUCAAACUUGUCAAGUCUUAGUUUGGACCCCAACAUGGGACGUUGCUGAAUUCAUAGUACCAGUAUCACUAACUUACCAUUUUUUUCUAUGCUAUUAUUUUUAUUUGUGGAAAAUACCGUCCUAUUUCAGUAGCUGCCCUCACUUUAUCUUUUCUCAAGUAAUUAUAGUAUAUGUAAGGUAUUGGGAAUAAGCAUUAUUUUGUACUAAAAGUAGAUUGGGAGUCAAAUGCUAACUAUGUAAAUGCAUAAGAGAUGUUAAAAAUAACUGCACUUUCAGGAAUGUUUUCAUAUGCCUCUCAUGGAAAGACGCCCGUUUUCUAUACACUUCAAUGGCCAAUGAAAAAGUACUAAUGCCUUAUUUUCUAGGCAUAAAGAAUGUAGACCAACAAAUUUGCCACUUUAGGAAAAGUAUCAGUUUAUUUGCAGAAGAUUUUCAUGAAUAAUAGGUUUGAAUUUUCAAGACCAUUGGAAGAACAACAAACUUUCUAGCAAAAGGAGGAAGCCUGCAAGCAAAACAACCGUAGGCUUCCCUUACACUCAUCACAUUCCAGGGCCUUGGCGUGACCUGGUACCAAUGCAGCUGGGAAGCCAAGAUUAUUUUUCAAGUCAGAGCGGUCUUCAUGCAGCUGACUCCUAAGGGGCUAACCCCUGUGGGUUUCUCCCUCACGCCAUUGGUGGGGGCCUCUAGGAACGCUGGCAAUCCGGGGAGUCUCAGGUAAUGAUGUUUUACUAAAGAACAAUGUUUUCAGCCAGAAAUUGCUUUUAAAUAGAUUCUUUUUUGCAAAAAGUACUGAUAAAGGAAACUUAGCAAUAUCUCAGUAACAGUCCAUUUUAAUUUUAAAUAUUCAGAAAAGAUUUUGAUAUCAGAGUUAAUGCUCUAAUAGGAAAAGUAUUUUUCAAGUUCCCUUUUCUUGAUUGACAUUUUUUCUACUGAAGGCCAAAAGAUAGGAAACUGGUCAGUUUCUUUCUAGUGUACGUGUGUUGUAUUAUGUAAAAAAAAAAAAAAAAAAAGGAUUCACGUUGGUAAUUUUAGUUCAGCAUAAUGGUGUUGUAAUUUUUUAAACUUAAUUCAGUGUUCUGUUUAAGGCAGGUACUGUUCAGGGUAUCUCUCAAGUGGUAAUUCAUUUCAUAUUCCCUUCCAAUAAUCCUUACAUUCUAAGUUAUUAUCUUUGAGAAUUAACAAGAGGGGAACAAUUAAAUUGAGAGAUAAUCUAAUCUUUGUUAUUAAAAUGGUGUAGCUUCUCACCAUGGAAGCCAUUUUCUAUCUUCAAAGAAAGGAAAUAAUCCCUCCACUAUUUUCUACCUGGUGACUUGAAAAUUCAACUUUUAGCUGGAAGUCACUUAGGGUCAGGGAACUUCUAUACACUAUCUGUGCAUCAUUGUUAGAGUCUGGUAUUUCUAUGUAAUCGAAUAUGACUUUCCUAAUGUUUUGAAUAAAAUUUUGUUAAAAAUUA